AAGACAAUGUCCACAUCCAAAUUUGGGACCAGAGAGAAGAAACUGACACGAUGGCUGAGGGUCUGGACCUCGCAUCGGAGUCAGUAGGUCACCCAGAGUCAGGAGAUGACAAUACCCAUAUCCGCUUGGAGACCCAGUCUACUGCCCAGAAGGAGCCUUCAACACCAACAGAGGAGAGACCAGAGGAAAAUGAAGACGGAGAUGAGAAUAGAUACCACAAGGAGAGGAAAAAGAAUGGGAAAGCCCCUGUUAAGAAGAAACCAAGCAGCAAGAAGCAACGCACGGUCAACACCGGCAUCGCCAUCACAGAGUCCGAUCAGAGAGCCCCGCCGUGCCGAAAGGAGCCGAGUGACAGUGAGUAUACCGCAAGUGAAGAAUCGGGGUCAGAAAGCAACGUCUCCCUAGAGGAAGAGGAGUAUGGCGAGAAGCAGCUCCGACACAACCAUCGAGAGUUGAUGCAUCCUCCCAUGGAAAGAUUGAAGUACCGGCGUUGGAAGGUGGAGCUCACUAACGAGCAAAUAGAAGACAUGAAGCACUUCAGCACUAAAAAGCUUCAGGAUGCGUUUGAUGACAAGGACGACGGCAACAAACAGAUUAAGAGUAGGAAGGUACUCCACUCUGAAUUUGGAGUUUUGCUUCUGCCCAUAUUAUCUGGACUGUCUUCCGGAUUAAUCCAAACUCUUUUGCUGCCUUUUCAAUACUCCAUAUGGUACUUCUCCUGCAUGGCUCGAUUGUAGCAGACUUUGAGCUAUCAAAUUUUUGGUAGUGUCUCCUAGCAUGCGUAAGCCUCUUCCAGCAGGCUCCUCCAUAACCCAGUGAUGAAAUUUUUCCGAGGGCAGUCUCCGUGUGGUGGCUUUGAACCAGAGAUCAUACACCUGGAUUUUAUCCGCUCCGCUCCCGUACGUGAGCGCCAAAGCAUCCCAGAUAUGCUUGGAUGUCGGAUGUUGUGACACCCUACUGACUAAUCGAGAUUCGAUGUU